UCCCUUUAUAAAACACAAGGACAAAUUGCCUUCUGUUAUUAUUCAAGCUGCUGAAGGAAAAAGAUGGCUAGGCUGUUGAGAUCUAACCUAAGAAGUGUCUUGGUUGCACAAAUGAGGAUGUCUUCUGACUCCAGUCAGCUGGGAGAGCUGGGAAAGGGAGCUGGGAAGGGGGGCGGAGGAGGAGGAUCGAUCCGGGAAGCCGGAGGAGCAUUCGGCAAGAGACAGGCAGCACAAGAGGAGCAGUACUUCAAGAAGAAGGAGCGUGAGCAGCUGGAUGCCCUGAGGAAGCACCACGAGGAGGAAAUCAGCCACCACAAGCAGGAGAUUGAUCGCCUGGAGAAAGAGAUCGAUCGCCGCAAGAGCAAGAUCAAGGCUCUGAAACACGACGACUGAGAGGCUGGUGCUGCUGCUGCCUGCACGCCAGAGUCCCCCCACUGCAUUGUACCAUGAACCAGCAAGAGUGCUCCACUGCAUUGUACCAUGAACCUGCAGCCCUUUGCUGAGCACAACCUUGUGCAUGCUGUGUAGCUGAACAUCAUAAAUAAAAUGCACUUCUCCUUUUCA